AAUAAGUUGUUGCAUUUAAUGAAAGGAUCUGUCAACAAAACUAUUGACAGCUUUGAUCUGUUGAAAGAUGAGGUAACAAGAUGUCUUUUGGACAGAAGCCUAUUUCCAGAAAGAGGACAGUAUAGGCCUGUUCACUGGAAGAAUGCGGAGCAACCUUUGUUGGCUUACAGAAAGGUCAACCAAGCAACUAAUGCUCAGCAAAAAACAGCUCUCUGGGUUCCAUUCAAAACCGUAUCUGAUAUGUUGAUGCAAAUGGACUUCCAAAGUCAAGACGAUAUGAAAGCUUUUCUGAAGUAUUUGAGAUGUGUUGGUUCCAUAUUGUGGCAUGAGGGCCGCCAUCUCCUGAAGACUUUUAUUUGUGCCAAUCCUGCAUUGUUGAUUAAAGCCAUAAAAAUUAUAUUGAGUAAAGACCACAAAGAGGCUUUUAUGAAGGCUUAUAAACCAAGGUGGCGGCUAAAUCCAGUUCCAGAAGAUGAUGUCACUUAUGUGAUAGCUUCCCAGAUGUAUAACUCUCGUGGCUGCAUGAAUAUGGAGUCUGUUAGACGGAUUCUGAAGGGUGUAGUGGAAGACAAAGAGGACAUCAAUAUGAUUGUCACAACCCUUGCACACUUUGAUGUUUGUAAAGAGGUGACUAUUUCUACUCCUGAUAUCAAAGUAAUGGAGAUCCAGGAAGGUUUGAAUGCAGGAGUGACUCUUCAGGAGGAACAUUGGCCCCAGCUGGCUACUGAUGUUCUACAGCAAAAUUCGCCCUUCAACGACUGUCAUGCAGCUCUUUCACAUCAGUUGAAAAUAGUAUUGCCAACCUGGAACAAAUUGAAGGAAGAAAAAAUUUACAUUUUUCCUUCAUUUCUGAAAAAUGUGGAAAAGCAAAUGUCAAACUAUUGGCAGGCCAUUUUAAAAAAAAUGGGGCACCACCUGAAUUUCAACUUAGACCUUGACGCAGAUCAUGGCCACACCAUCGAUGAGGUGUUUUUAAAAUCCUGUGAGAUCAUUCUGAAACAAACAUUAUCUCACCAGAUAUGGCGUUGGGGAUUCCUGACAGAAGGCAUAGAAGCUGGCGAUGUUGGUGUACUGUAUUAUUUCCAAUUGAAAUGGUCAGAUGAAAUCAUAAAAGUGGAUAUCAGUGCUGCAUCUGAAAAAGCCAUAGCCUCAUACUGUGAAGAAAAGAUCUAUCGUAUCUGGGGAAAACCAGCUGGUAGAGCCUGAAUUUAUUUCAGCUGACCAGCCGGAAGAAGAAAAUAUUUCAAUAUUUCAAUUCCAAACACUCAGUCAUGUGUUUCAUUGUUGAAAUCCUGAGCUGCACUGAUGAGAUCUAACAAGAUCGAAACAGUAGUGUCUGCACAGUGGCGUAGCUAGGGGGUGUCUAGGGGGGCAUGUUCCCCGGGCGCCAGGUUUGAGGGGGCGCUGAAAUGGGAGAAUGAGAGUAAAAAAUAAGCACUUUUUAGAAAAAUACAAAAAAAUAGAUGUAUUUCGUCAGGCAUGAAUAUUUUCUAGUUAAUAAUAAGAAUCUGAAUGUAGUUCUUUCCAGUCCAUUUCGACCGUUUUCUCUUGUUUUUUAUCCUAUUCUGUAAUGACUACAUGACUGAAGCUCAUCCUGCCAUAUCUCAGAGCCAUGAUGGGUAAAGCGAAACUAUCUGCUUUGGCUCUACUUAGUAUUGAGCGUGAUGAAGCAGACAACAUUGCUAACUUUGAUCAUGUAAUUAACUUAUUUGUUAAUACAAAAGCACACAAUUUUCUACUCUUUCCCCCGGGUCCAAAAUCUUUAGCUACACCACUCUGUCUGCAGAUUGGAUUUGUACUGGCCCAUUCAGCCCCUGCUGUGGACAGACAAUUGUUUCUGUACGAGCUAGUCCACACCUCAACACUUGGGUAAAAAGCAGUACUGACAUUACAAAAACGAAAGUAUGAUCUAUUGCCGUAAAUCUAUUGUUGGCAAAAUCUUGGCCUUCUUUCAUUGCAGACUUUAAAACCCUCACUUUUUAACUUCAGAUUAGUAUAUUUAUGUGCAUGACACAAAAGUUAGAAACCAGUGAAGCGAGCAUUGUGGCAUAUGAUCUCUAUCAUGUAAUAGAUAUCGCAAUAUGUUGGAGUCACACUCUAAUAAUAAUAAUAAUAAUAAUAAUAAUAAUAGUAAUAGCCAAAUAUUUGUGUCUAUGGUCAGAAAGUUAAUAUAUUAGCAAACUGGGUUAUGUACAUAGAAAUUUGAUAAGAUACUGAAAUAUUAUUUGGCUUCUAUAUUCAGGUCUUUUAUGUAAUGUAAUAUCAUUUCUCUGUAUUUUUCAUUCUAAUUGGCUUAGUUUUAUAGUGACCGCGAUCUUAUCUAAACAGAGCUGGGUUAUCUAGGCCUACACAUAAUGUAAAACACCUAAAGUUCGCCCUCUAAUUCGAGACCACCUUUGGGACCUGAAAAUUUAGGGUGGUCUCAGGGUUGGUCUCCAAUUAGAGGGCUAGCUUUGUGUUAAAAGGUUGAUGAUUGUUAUUUGGGUCUUUGGAAAAGUGGUCUCGAAUUAGAGUGGUCUCGAAUUGGAGGGUGCACUGUAGUUAAACAUUUUCUGCCAUAAAAUUCAAAAUGUAAAAUUGAAUUGCUGCCACUGAAAUGUUUUUAAAUUUAGAAAUGUAAAACAAUGAUGAAAUGUAAAAACAUCAAAAGAGUAGAAAACAUAAACAUCUUCUGAAGGAGAUCAUCUUUUAUUGCUCAUUGUGAACAGUUCAAUAUAGAAAAAUAAUAAAAAAGAGUAAAUAAAUAUAUAAUUUAAUUGCAGAAAAGAAUUUACAUAUUGCCAUUAAAUUAUUACUUGGAUAAUAUCUUAAAAGUAAAUCAUUAUAAACUCACUUCUCGAAAGUUAACGCAUGUAAUUCUUUUAAAAAAUAUUCCAAGCUUAAUUUUAAUUACCUUUUUCGUAUUUGGUGACAGGAGCCUAAAAUACGUUUGUGAUUUUUUAAAAGUCCACAUGUAGACCUAAGCUUUAAAAGUUGGUAUAAUUUUUACAUAUGGCCUAGAAUUAAGUGUAGACCUACUAAACAACUGACCCUGUUGCUUAGCUUUAGUGUCAACCAAACUUAAAUUUUUGGUAAAUUUCUAAAUAUACUUGCACGCCUGUCCAAUAAACAGCAUUUGUCCCUCAAGCGCACAUGUUAUGUACGUUUACGCUAUCGUUUUUUUCAACAUCGGCAACAAUAUCCAAGGGCGGGUCUUAGCGGAACCGGAUUACGUACAUGAGGACUGAUUGAAUACUGAACUACCUGUCUUGUAUAAAAUAGUUUGAAUAACAAUUGUAUUGCAUUGACAUGAAUCUGUAGACAAUUUUAAAAUAUUCACAAAAAUAUUUAUGAUUAAGGAUAAAUUGUUCUACAAAAGGCAAUCUAGUUGUCAGAAACGAUGCCAUUAUAAAACAGGAAUGUUUUAGUAUUCACUGAGAAAGCAUAGUUUAAUAUAUUGAAGUAAUGUUUGUCUAAAAUCAUUUGUAUGACAUUGGUAAUGUUCAUCAGGUUAUUAUCAUUAGAAGAAAAAUCUUAUCUAUUCAAUUAUUAUUAGGUUUGUUAUGGAUCUUAUUUUCCAUCAAUAAAUAAAAAAAGAAUAGAAUGAAAGGAAAAGAGUAGAAGUGCAUGUUUUUUGGGUUUUUUUCAUCAGAUCAAACUUUUCCUUCUCAAAUCUUUUGAGUAUGGUUUAUGUACUGUAAUUGUGUUCAGUACUAUAAGACUAUUCCUUGUAAUCCAGAAAUAAUUAAUGCACACCAGGUAAGCUACAUAAAAUCAUAAUAUCUGAUAAGCUAUAUAAUAAUAUUAAAAUUAUAGUUGUUUAAAGGUAAAUUGGAAGUUAGAAUUUAGUAACAUGAUCAGGGAAACGACAUUACACAAGUUUAAGGAAUCCUACCACUGAAAGCAUUAUCUUUGUGUCCGUAAUAAUGUACAGGACUGCAGUAAAGUUACUUGCAACACAAAAUAUUGAUAUUACUGUGAUACAUUUAAUUUUAUAUUCAUUGCUUUAAUACAUACUAAAACUUUAAUACAAUUAUUAUUAUUAUUACUAUUAUUAUUAUACUAUUAUUAUUAUUAUUAUUAUUAUUAUUCAUUGUUAUUAUUUAUUAUAUUUAUAAUUUUAUUUAUUAUUUUAUAUAACCAUUCAGUAAUUAAGAUUAUGUUUGAUUAUUUAGUAAGUGAAUAAGUCCCUAUUCAACAAAUAAUUGUUAUUGCAAUCAGAAUAAACAAAGAUUUAAUUACAAUUAGGCUACAAAUAAGAAUGUUACAAAUAGAGUAAUUACUAACGUAAAAAAUCUUAGAUGCAAGAUACGAAAAUUAGAAUAUAUAGGCCUAAUUACUAAUAUAGUUAUAUACUGUACAUAGAUAAGCUAGCAUAUAAUAUCUGUAUAAAGAAGUUUACUUUUAUUAUUUAUCAAUGCAUUUAUUAUGAUCUGCAGCUUUACCAUUAGUAAACGAUGAGCAGUUUUACGAAUAUUAAUAACAAUGUUUAUUUUUGUGAGCUUUUAGCCCUUCGAUGAGGCUUCAUCCGGUGAUGUGUCAGUAAAUACAAGAAAUUAUUUGGGAGCACUUACAUGAUCGAACUUCAAAUUUAUUUUACGAGCUCCUCUCCAAAUCGAUAAGGCUUUAUUAGCCUUAGUGACCUGGUUAAGCUUCAACGAAAACUCGUAAAAUAAAUAUUAUUGUUAUAUAGAAAAUAAUAAUUUCUUUUAUUAUAUUUACUGAUUAAUAUGGCUACUCAAAAACUUUAGCUUUACUAAAGUACUCAUCUUCAAUCUCGCUUUAUCCAUGAUGAUUGUGGAUUGUUCCGCUAAUCCAGCCCCUGGGAUAUUGUUGCCAAGUUCCCACAAAACGAUAGUGUAAACCUGCGUUUGUUGGACAAACAGGUGUUGUGACAAGCGCGUAUUACUGGCCCGCUUCUGAUUUGUCAGUUUGAUUGACAAUCCCGAAAGUUCCAUUGCCACCUCCCUCAUGAAGUCAAUUUCGGUGUUAUUGAAACAGUGUGUAGUCCAGGGGCGGAUUUCAAAAUUACAUUCAAAAUAUUUAUUCUGCAACUAUAACAUUGUUUUACAUAUUGUUUAAAAAAAAAAAACAAACAAACAAAACUAUAGGCCUAACUGUUAUUUGCAGGCAUAUAGUGUAAUGUAUAAGGUUUGACAUUGCAGUAGUAAAUCCACUGGGUAAGUUGCAGCAUGAACAGGUCCAUGAUUAGAUUAUUGGGUCAUUAUUAUUCGAUUGACUUUUUAGGUGGGUUAAAUUAAAGCAUGGGUACAGUCACCAAUUGGGCACUGUCUUAAGUUUUUCGGUAUAGGCAUAUUGUAGUAAUAACAAGCUUUCACCAUUAUUUUGUUCGCACUGUUGAUAGAUACGGUUUUCAUUCAUUGAUAUAAUACAUAGUAUGUAGAAACUAGUGCAAGUCCUCAGGUAACAGGCGUCAACAGGCAUCCACAAACUUGUUAUUUUAAGGAAUUCCAUCCUCACUAUCAGAUACUGUAUGUCAUUCUAUUGUUCGACUUGAUCCGUCCUUUAGACGCGUCUUGAUAAAGAAAAAUGGAACGACAAUUAUCUAAAAUAGUGAGGAUUAUACUAAUACUAAUGUUACAUUUUAAUGUCAGUCCUACAAACAUUUAGGCAUAAACAUUGUAUCCGACAACUACUCUAAUUUGUUAAGCAAUAUGGAGCUAGAUUCGAACUGAAAGGUUACGCCGCACGCUCGAAAUUGAAUGUUAUUCGUGUAAUAAGCUAUAUUUUGUGUCUGUGAUGUCUUUGAUGUGAUGUGAUUGAUAUCAUGUUUGGUCUCGCUUUGGUUGUAAUUAUUAUACUUCAUUAAAGUCCAUCUUUUUUUGACGGUAGUACAUAGGCAUACUGUAUUUAUUCAAGUGUUAUUCUUGCAAACAUUCUCGAGCCCCAUCUAUUAGGCCUAACUGUACUUGACUUGACAGAUGUAACAUUGAACAUACCAAACAUCUUUGCUCACGGGAGAACAAAACUUUAUUGAUUGAUUUUUUUGUUUGAUUCCUUAACAGUUCUUAUGAUUUUUAACCAUCUAUAUUGUGGAUAUUGAUAUUUGGUGUAUGACUGAAACUAUACUUCUGAUUUUGAACUAUUUUAAUCAUAUUUUGCUUGCAAAUGAUGUUAAGAGUAUAGCUUAAGGUUUCAUCACAUGUUUAAAUUACUUUACUGUUUUUAAGAUUAUUAAGUAGAACAAUAGUAUAAAAUUACUGUACUGUGUUGAGCGGGCAAAAGGGGAGAGAAGCAUAUUUUAUACCAAAGACAUAAACAUCUCCAACAUCGACUACAGUUCACAUGAGCAAACCAGUUGCAGGCCUCACUUGACUCCUUGAGAUGCCUUAUCCCAAAGAUAGUGGAACCAAAACAAAAAGUGGGAUUCAAACCCACUGCCAAGGUCUCAUCCAGUCACUUCGAUUUGGGCUCACAACACCCAAGAUUCCCAAAUCCUAAGAAUUGUCUGGACCCAAAAUCUAAUAUAAUUUGGUGUUUUAUCGUGGUAUCACGGUAGCUGUUUGAUGUUGGAGAUGUUCCAUGCUAUCUUGUCUUGAUAGUUCAAAACAUGCCUGUCUCUCCCUUGAGUUCAAGAGUUUGAUAUUCGCGUAGUCUAGUAUUGCACGACCCAAGGUGAAAAAAUAAAAAUUGCUUGGGGCAUUUUAUGUA